ACUCAAAUACUUCAAAUUUGAUACCCAGCAGAAACCCAGCAUCCAAUGGCUCUCAGUCUCUAUGGCAACGGCCGACGAAGCAGCGUCUUCGACCCCUUCUCUCUCGACAUCUGGGACCCGUUUGAGGGCUUCGGCACUCUGGCCAACUUCCCCUCCUCCGCCCGUGAAACCACCUCCAUCGCCAACACCCGCGUCGACUGGAAGGAGACCCCGGAGGCCCACAUCUUCAAGGCGGACCUCCCGGGGAUCAAAAAGGAGGAGGUGAAAGUGGAGGUGGAGGACGGGAGGGUCCUGCAGAUCAGCGGCGAGAGGAGCAGGGAGCAGGAGGAUAAGAACGACAAGUGGCACAGGGUGGAGAGGAGCAGCGGCAAGUUUAUAAGGAGGUUCAGGCUGCCGGAGAACGCGAAGAUUGAUCAGGUGAAGGCGGCGAUGGAGAAUGGGGUGCUGACCGUGACUGUGCCGAAGGAGGAGGAGAAGAAGCCUGAGGUCAAGGCCAUUGAAAUCUCCGGCUAAACUAAGCUCGCAUAUGUUAAACCUCGGCUUCUUUUGGGCUUAAUGUCGUGAUUAAGUUAAAUAAUCAUGGUUUGUUUUUUGUUGUGGUGUUAAUUUCUGCGCUUUGUAUUUCCGAGUCUGUGUGUGUGAGACGAGUGAUAUGGUGUGUCAAACUUAAUGUAUGGGUUCUUCCUCUAAAAUAUUAUAUACCUUUAUCAAAAUUGCGUACAUUUUAAAUUUGUAUUUUUGAAUUUAUUAUCUUACAAUUACGAGAUUUAUUUCAAUAUAUAAGUACGAGGUUUAUUCGAAUAUUAAAUUUAAUCCUGAAAAUACAGCACCCACUCCCUUUUUUCACUUUCCAAGGCCUUCGUAUAUUUCUUUUUUUUUUUUCACCAUUCAAGGCCUACAAAUAUUUCGAAAUAGAGAAAAUUUCUAUCGGCAGGUGCUAUUUGAGAACAUUUAUCCGAUUUAAAUUUGUGAGAUAUUAUAAAUUUUUUGUUGGUAAAAUGGAAAGAAUUAGGAGAAGAAGCGUCCACGAGUAAUAAAUGAGAAGACCGAAAAGUUAGGAUGGAUUUUUUAUUAGGCGCAUACACUUGCAAAAUUACAUAAUUCCAUAUCGACUUACAUUUAUUCCAUUACGAAAGUACCAGUUAAU